AUGAUAGAAAUUGAAGAUCAAUCGGAUUACCAACAAAAACAAAUUAGUUUUUUAGAAUCUCAAGUAAUUGAAAAAGGAAAAAGAUUAAAUAAAAUUUUAUUAUUAGUAAAAGAAGAAAAAGAAUUGGAAAAUAAAAAAUUAAAUAAAUUAAAUGAUACACUAAAAGAACAAUCUGAUAAAAUUGAAAAUUUAAAAUUAACUUUAAAUAAUAAUAUAAAUAAAUUUGAAAAAGAAAAAAGUCAAUUAGAAAAUGAAUUAAAUGAAUAUAUUAGAAAUAAUCAAAUGAUAGAUUUACAAAUUACACAAUAUUUAUCAUCAACUUCAAAAAAUAACAGUGAUUAUGAUUUAAAUAAUAAAUAUAUUUUUGAAAGAAUUGAAUAUUAUAAAAACAAACAAAUUGAUUUACAAAAUAAAUUAUCAAAUUUAAAAACUGUUGACAAAGAAGAAGAAGAAUUAAAAUCAAAAUUUUUAAAAUUAUCAACAAUUGAAAAGAAAUUAAAUGAUAAAGUUUUAAGUUCUUGA